GGUCACCAGGCAUCAGGUCAUUUGGCUCGACAGGCAGUGGGCACCGCGUCAUCUGGCAAGGCAGUGGGCACCAAGUCACCAGGCACGACAGUGGGCUCUGAGUCAAUUGGCAUGACAGCGGGCACCGGGUCAUCAGGUACCGGAUCGUCUGGCUCGACAGCAGGCACCGGGUCAUCUGGCGCUGGAUCGUCUGGCUCGACAGCGGGCAUCGGAUCACCAGGCAUGACCGCGGGCACUGGGUCAUCAGGCAUUGGAUUGUCUGGCUCGACAGCGGGCAUCGGGGCACCAGGUAUGACAGCGGGCACUGGGUCACCAGGCAUCAGGUCAUUUGGCUCGCCAGCGGGCACCGCGUCACCUGGCAAGGCAGUGGGCACCGAGUCACCAGGCACGACAGCGGGCUCUGAGUCAAUUGGCACGACAACGGGCACCGGGUCAUCAGGCAUGACAGCGGGCACUGGGUCAUCAGGCAUUGGAUCGUCUGGCUUGACAGCGGGCAUCGGGUCACCAGGUAUGACAGCGGGCACCGGGUCAUCAGGUACCGGAUCGCCUGGAUCAACAGCGGGCAUCGAGUCAACUGGC